AUGGCGGAUGAUGAGCUGGAAACAUACCGACUUUGGAGAAUUAGGAAAACUAUUCUUCAGAUGGUUCAUGAUCGCGGAUAUCUUGUAACGCAAGACGAAUUGGAUCAGCCACUUGAGACAUUCAAAGAAGUAUACGGAGAUCGGCCUAGUGAGAAGAAACCAUCUAGAGGAGAUUUGACGGUUCUCGUUGCCCAUAAUGAUGACGCCACUGAUCAAAUGUUUGUAUUCUUUCCGGAUGAUCCCAAAAUUGGCAUCAAGACGAUUAAGGCAAUUUGUCAACAAAUGCAAGAACAAAAUAUUUCGCGUGCUAUUAUAGUUGUGCAAACAGGAAUGACACCAAGUGCGAAACAGUCAAUUGGAGACAUGGCACCGAAAUAUAUGCUUGAACACUUUCUUGAAGCGGAGCUCAUGGUAAACAUUACCGAACACGAACUGGUACCGGAACAUGUUGUAAUGACCACUGAGGAAAAAGCCGAACUCCUUGCCAGAUACAAGUUAAAGGACUCGCAGCUUCCCAGAAUUCAACAAUCAGAUCCAGUUGCCCGCUAUUUCGGACUUCGUCGCGGACAAGUCGUUAAAAUUAUUCGACCAUCAGAGACUGCUGGAAGAUAUAUCACAUACCGACUCGUCGUCUGA